CUCUCUCUCUCCUCCAACCCGCGUGGGAAAAAAGUUGCAAAUAGAAAAGCACAAAAAUCAAAACAAGGAAGAAGUAGAGAGAGAAAGUGAAAUAGGGAGAGAAAGAGUCGGAGAGGAAGGAAAUCUUUCGUUAAAUCUAUUUUCUCUCGAAUCCAGGAUCCUGCGGCCUCCACAAUGAAUGAUCUUUUGUCGUCGGAUUCAUUUGCGUCACGGGACCAAGGAAAUAGAAAUGGUGAUAUUGAAAUGGGAAUGGAGAGACAAACGAACGACCAGGGCUUGGAAGAUUUCUUUAAGCAGGUUCAGGAGAUUGAGAAACAAUAUGAAAAGCUUAAUGCCCUACUGAGAAAGCUUCAGGAUGCCCACGAGGAAUCAAAGGCUAUUACCAAGGCUGCUGCAAUGAAAGCAAUCAAGAAGCGAAUGGAGAAGGAUGUUGAUGAUGUAGGAAAAAUUGCCCGCACAAUUAAAUUAAGAAUUGAGGAACUUGACAAAGAGAAUUUAGCCAAUAGACAAAAGCCUGGAUGCGGAAAAGGAUCAGGCGUAGACAGAUCAAGAACAGCUACAACAGUAGCCAUGAAGAAGAGGUUUAAAGAUAAAAUGUCUGAGUUUCAGACCUUAAGAGAGAAUAUACAUCAAGAGUACCGUGAAGUAGUUGAGAGGCGUGUAUUCACAGUUACUGGCACCCGGGCUGAUGAAGAGACAAUUGAUCAAUUGAUAGAGACCGGAGAUAGUGAGCAGAUUUUUCAGAAUGCAAUCCGAGAACAAGGCCGAGGCCAGAUAAUGGAUACACUUGCUGAAAUUCAAGAGCGCCAUGAUGCCGUUAGAGACUUAGAGAAGAAGCUUCUGGAUUUGCAACAGAUAUUCCUGGACAUGGCGGUUCUGGUGGAUGCUCAAGGCGACAUGCUCGAUAACAUAGAGUCACAGGUUUCAUCAGCAGUAGACCACGUGCAGUCGGGGAAUACUGCCCUGCAGAAGGCGAAGAGUUUGCAGAGGAACUCGAGGAAAUGGAUGUGUAUUGCAAUCAUGAUCCUUCUCAUUAUCGUAGUGAUCGUCGUAGUAGGUGUGCUUAAGCCAUGGCAGAACAAGAAUGGUGCUUAGCUCUCUCUCCCUCUCUGCCAAAGUGUAUUGUAUAAAUACCAGAAAAAUCUAAAAAGUGAGUAUUGACUAUUGAGAAUUGAUUUAUUUUCUACAAACAAUGGUGCUUAUUCUUUUUUAACUUUUGAAUUGAUAAGGGACUUGAGCUUCUGUGUAUUUAGCCAACGUGUAGUUUGUUGUUUGUAUUUUGUUGUCUUAUAACAAACCAUACUCAUUUUCCUUCA